AUGUAUCGUGCCACGACGGCACGCCGCGGCCUGCAAUGGCCCAAGAACCUCGCCUUGCCCUCCGCCAAUAGGAGGGGGUACAUUACGGAAGCCGACAUCGCGGGAGCGCGGCGGUACUGCCAGGACCAACUAAGCGCCGGCAGCCAUUCUCACAGAAGCAGGAAGUCGGACUACGACUCGCACCUCAUCCGCAACUUCAUCCCCGCCUUCCGCCGCGAUGCCUACGACGCCCUGCGCGCCUUCAACCUCGAGCUGGUCCACAUCCCCGAGCUCGUCUCGAAUCCCACCAUCGGCCUGAUGCGCAUGAAGUUCUGGCGCGAUGCCGUCAACGACACCUUUGCCGGCCGGCCCCCGAAGGAGCCCAUUAUGAUCCUGCUGCACAAGGUCUUGACCGAGCUGGCCGAGACCGACAGCAACCCGACCUCGAUCAAGUUCUGGCUGCACCGCCUGAUCAGCACGCGAGAGAAACACAUGGACAACAGGCCGUUCGCCAACCUGGCGGCCCUGGAGGAGUAUGCCGAGAACACGUACUCGACGCUCAUGUACUCCGCGCUGGCAGCGCUGCCGAUCCAGUCCAUGCACAUGGACCACCUGGCCAGCCACAUUGGCAAGGCCUGCGGCAUAGUGGCCGUCCUGAGGGGCAUCCCGAUUCUAGCAGCCCCCUCCGCCCCCGUCAAGUCGCCGAUGGGCGCUGACGUCGGCGGGGGGAGGUAUCCCGUGCUACUGCUUCCCCUGGAUGUCAUGGCGGAGGCCGGCCUGAAAGAGGAGGAUGUCUACCGAUACGGGCCCCAAGCCGAGGGCUUCCAGGACGCCGUGUUCCAGGUCGCCACCAGGGCGAACGACCAUCUGAUCACCGCCAGGGAGAUGCUCAAGAAUAUCAAGGCCGGAGAGAGUCCCGGCCACGACUACGAGCACCAGCACGAAGCUGAGCACAACCACGCCGACACUAGCCUGGAUGGAGAUGGGACCAAGAGGGACCUCAGACGUGGCUUUGGCGUCAUGAUGGAGGCGGUUCCGGCUGGCGACUACCUGUCGCGACUCGAGGGCACAAACUUUGACCCGUUCGCCGUCCGCAGUAGCUGGAAGCUGACCUGGUCGUUGUAUCGGGCUCAUCAGAAGCAGCAGAUAUAA